GCUUGAAGUGCGAAGUGGAAGAAACCAAAAGAGAUUAUAUUUGGAAGAUAUAACGCUAUUUUUAUACCAUGAACUGUCAGUUUAGUUAGUUCCUUGAGUCCCAUGAUGAUUAUGGCGGAAGCUUUGUAUAGUUGACUUAUUAAAUUAGAGUCUUUUCAAAUUAACCAGAAAUUAUAAAGGGCGAAGCUUCUAUUUCUGAAUCAUUGAAAAUUCUUUAAAGCACGUAUUAAUCGGCAAUGGAGAACGUUGAAGAAAAGAAGAAGAAGAAAUUUAAGAUCCCAGGCGUCCGAUACCUAUUCGCUCUUAAUGGACUGCUUGCUUUCUUAGUCGUGUAUGCCUUACGAGUGAAUAUCAGCGUGGCCAUCGUGGCCAUGGUCAAUCAAACAGCGGUGGAUGAAUCUUCUUCGAACAAUCUCUCAUCAAAAGAAUGUCUAAUGCCUUCUUCAAACGAUUUUAGCAAUUCCACUCAUGAUGCAAAGGAUGGAGAAUUUAUGUGGUCAUCAAAAAUGCAAGGGGUCAUCCUCGGCGCCUUUUAUUAUGGCUACGUCAUAUCUCAAAUCCCUGGUGGAAGACUUGCUGAGCUGUAUAGUGGUAAAUGGGUUUUCGGCAUUAGCACUCUCAUCACUUCAAUUCUUACCAUCCUCACACCCUGGGCGGCCUGGAAGGGAGUUGGGUAUUUAGUAGCCAUUAGAGCCAUUGAGGGAUUUGCUCAGGGUGCAGCAUUUCCAGCUAUGAGUUUUAUGGUUGGACAGUGGGCUCCAGAUUCUGAAAAGGGAGUUAUCAAUACUCUGGUGCAUGCAGGCAUCAACUUUGGAUCUCUGUUGGCAAUGUCCUUAGCUGGAUAUCUCUGUGAUUCUGACUGGCUUGGUGGAUGGCCUGCAGUUUUCUAUGUUACAGGACUCAUCGGAUGUGCGUGGUUUGUUUUAUGGGGACUUUUAGUAACAGAUUCACCGCUGACGCAUCCUUUUAUAUCAGAAAAAGAGGUAAGCUACAUUACAUCCAAUCAAAGGAUGGAUCUCCGAAAAGAGAUCCCUCCUAUACCGUGGAUGAAAAUAUUAACAUCUGUGCCCUUCUGGGCUGCUGUCGUCACCAUAACCUGCCAAAAUUGGUCGUUUUAUACUAUGAUGACAGAUUUACCGACAUAUUUUAGCACUAUAUUACAUUUUCCAAUAGCAGAAAAUGGUUUCUUUUCGUCCUUUCCUAAUGUUCUACAAACUGUAGUUGGUUUGAUCGUUUCAUUGGUGGCUGACUCAUUUAUUCGAAGAGGGAUCUUUUCUAUGAAUUUUGUAAGAAAAUUCUGUAAUUCUGUCUCAGGAUUUGGCACUGUCUUGGGUUUGAUAGGUGUUUGUCUCUCAGGAUGCGACGUUACAAUGAACAAGAUUUUUUUCAUAUUCUCAAUAACCAUUGGUGGUUUUGCAUACAGUGGUCAGAAUCUCAUACUUUUAGACAUGUCACCAGAAUAUGUUGGUACUUUACUUGGUAUAACGAAUACUAUAGCUAAUUUGACAGGGUUCAUUGCUCCUUUAGUUGUUGGAGCACUUACUGAUGGAAAGAAUACUCUACAUCAAUGGCGGAUUGCUUUUAGCAUAACAGCCUCUCUAUUGGCCUUCGCCAGCUUUGUUUUUAUUUUCUUCUCAACUUCAGAUAAACAAAACUGGGCUGACCAAGAAAGAGCAAGUGACGUCAUCUCUGACGUACCGAAAGACGCAGCUGAACAGCGGAAAAAGUACAGCCCUCUCAAUUGAUACUUUGACUUAUACAUUUAAAAUAAGCAUAUUUUAACAAUGAAAGACGGUAUAGAAAAAAAAAAUAAUGUAUGAAAAGAU